UGCUUGAGCGGGUGAGAGCGGAAGUGGAAACUCCUGUUUUCCUGUCUCAUCCCUCCCCAUUUCGCUCCGAUACAGCUACCGAGCUGGCAGGAGGAAGCUCUGCUACUUCAACUUUUUCACCAGAGCUUGUUUUAACUUUCGGUACUGCUGAGGUCCUCUUAACCAACUGGCUUCAACAAGCAGCUCCUUGGGAUAUCAAUGGAUCACAAUGGGGCCCGUGAAAGACCCGGACCAGGCAGACGACCAUCCAGUCCCUCCUCUGGGACACCCAUUGGUGCCAAGGGACAGGCUACACAAAGUGAACAAAGGCCCAAAGUAAAGGUAACUCCCUUCCACAGCUCCCCCAUAGUCAGCAGUGAUGGAGCUCUCCGCAGCAAACGACCAGGCGUAGCUUCUGGGAAACCACUGGCGUCCCCUGGCAGUCUGUUUAGGAGCCCACCUGGUGGACUGCCUGCUCUACCUGUCCGAGAGAGACUCGCUGCUGCUGCUGCUGCUGCUGCUGGGAGCUCAGUGCAGCAUGCUCCCAGCUCAGGCUCGUUAUUGGCCACAGUAGGAGCUGAAGCACAGCCUCCUGGCAGGAAGACACCAAAGUUGAACCCGACAGACUCAGUUUCUGUCAAGUCUGGACCAGCAGAUGACACAGCACUUCAUCACAGCCAGAAAAGCAAAGCUGUCUCCACAGCCACCAAACCUCACUCGGCUGUGAAGAGGAAGAAGAGGAAGAUGGGAAUGUACAACCUGGUGCCCAAAAAGAAGACCAAGGUCCUUAAACAGCAGGAGAAGCAGAAAGAUGAGUCAGGAGCCAACAUGGAGAACCAAAAUGCAGCAGAGGAGAAACCAGUGACUCCACCAGAGACUGUGAAGGCCAGAGAACUGCCAGCUGCCAAAAACAAAUCUCUGAAGCAGGUUCAACCUGGAGAGGGCAGCCGUGUUGAAUACACAGAGCUGACGUUGGACUGUCUGGACCUUAAAGCUCAGGAAGAGCUGCUCUCACCUCCCGUGUCAGGUGCAGCGACUGCAAGUGCUGACGUGACAGAAACGGACCUGGCCGAGGAGUUACCGCUGUGCUGCUGUCGUAUGGAGACUCCACCCAGUGGAGGCAGCCUGUCCACACUGGAUCAGACCUGCAUGGCCAUGGAAAGCGCAGAUGGAAUGUUGAGUCGUUGCCAGAGGCGAGUGAUGAAGCAGGAAAUGAUGCGACCCUCCAACACGGUUCAUCUGCUGGUUCUGUGCGAGGACCACCGAGCUGGCAUGGUUAAGCACCAGUGCUGCCCGGGCUGUGGACUCUUCUGUAGGACGGGCACCUUCAUGGAGUGCAGGCCGUACGGCAGCAUCUCCCACCGCUUUCAUCGUGACUGUGUAUCCAUCUUAAAGAAUCUUAAGUUUUGCCCACACUGCGGUGAGGAUGCCAGCGGGGCCAAGGAGGUCACGGUGUCGCCAGCCGAUCCGUCACCCUUUGUGCCUAGAUCGAGCCCGGGGCCGUCGCUUCCGGCUGUGCCUACUGUGGCUGCUUUGCCAUCAGUACCGGCUACGCCUGCUGUUCCACAGGUACUCAGAGCGAAGAAGACCAGCGAGCCACAGAGGAGCAGGGACGAGAGCCCGAGCAGGUUGAAGGGCGAGGCCGUGCGUGCUGCAGAUAGCCUACCUAAAGAGUCACUGGAGAGCAUCCUGAUGGCACUGGAUGAUGAGAACCUGAAACCAAAUAAAAUGAAGUACCCCACCAGACAGCUGUACAUCUCUGCAAAACAAGGAGAGCUUCAGAAGGUCAUUCAUCUCUUAGUUGAUGGGAAGGACCCCAACUUUUUGAUGGAAGGCCAAAACAAACGCACCCCUCUUCAUGCCGCAGCUGCUGAGGGUCACCAGGAGGUCUGCCAUAUGCUGGUCCAGGCUGGAGCCAACCUGGACAUGUUUGAUGAGGAGCAGAGAACACCACUGAUGGCAGCCUGUGAAAACAAUCAUCUGGACACCGUGAAGUACCUGCUGAGAGCUGGAGCAUCUGUCAGCCACAAGGAUAUCUUGGGUUUCACCUGUCUGCAUCUGGCAGCUAAACUGGGACAUUAUGAUAUAGUCCAUCAUCUGCUCUCCAAGGCAUCCAAAUACAUCAGCUGUCAGGAUGAUGGGGGGUGGACUCCCAUCACCUGGGCUAUUGAAUACAAGCACAAGGAGGUGGUCCACCUGCUGCUGUCCAGAGGGGCUGAUGUUAACAUCAGAGACAAGGAAGAGAAUGUUUGCUUGCAUUGGGCGGCUCUGUCAGGCUGCGAUGACAUUGCCCAGGCUCUGCUGGAAGCUCGAUGUGACCUCAAUGCUGUCAACGUUCAUGGUGACUCACCGCUUCAUGUUGCUGCCCGAGAGAACCACCUGGAGUGUGUGAUGUUGUUUCUCUCUCGUGGAGCAGACGUCAAUCAGAGGAACAGGGACGGAGAGACAGUUCAGGACUGCUGUGUCUACGGCUCAAAGGUGUGGACGGCCCUCAACACUAACAAGAAGCUUACCGAUGCCAGGAGAGGCAGGGACGCUCAGGGGGAAAGAAUGCUCAGCAGGGACAUUUCUCGAGGUUAUGAAGCAGUUCCUAUCACCUGUGUUAAUGGUGUCGACAGUGAACCAUGCCCUGAAAACUUUAAAUACGUACCUGACAAUUGUGUCACCUCCCAGCUGAACAUAGACAAGGACAUCACACACUUACAGCACUGCAGCUGUACGGACGACUGCUCAUCCAGUACCUGUGUGUGUGGUCAGCUCAGUCUGCGAUGUUGGUAUGACAGUGAGGGUCGACUACCUCUGGACUUCUGUCAGCGGGAGCCUCCAGUGCUCUUUGAGUGUAACCACGCCUGCUCCUGUUGGAGGACCUGCAGGAACCGAGUGGUCCAGAACGGAUUGAGAGCCCGGCUGCAGCUCUUCAGGACACAGAAGAUGGGCUGGGGAGUGAGGGCCAUGCAGGAUAUCCCUCAAGGAACAUUCAUUUGCGAGUAUGUUGGGGAGAUCGUCACCGACGCAGAGGCCGACAAGCGGGAGAAUGACUCUUUUCUCUUCACCCUCGACAACAAGGUGGGAGAUGUACACUGCAUUGAUGCAAGACUCUUUGGCAACAUUGGGCGCUUCAUCAACCAUCUGUGUGAGCCCAACCUGCUGGCUGUGAGGGUGUUUACCAUGCACCAGGAUCUACGUUUCCCCAGGAUAGCCUUCUUCUCCAGCAGGCCCAUCAAAGCUGGAGAUCAGAUAGGGUUUGACUAUGGUGAUCACUACUGGAGGGUGAAGAGCAAGUUCUUCAGCUGCCAUUGCGGUUCUCCCAAAUGUCGCCACUUAGCUGCUAGCAGAUAGAAAGUCGCUGAUGAUGAACAGUCUCUCUUUCUGCCUGGACACAUUGCGUGACCUCUAAUGUCAGAAACACUGCCCUCUGAACCAGAUGCCACAUAAGACUAAUGCUUUGAGUCGGUAAACCUCCAGGACAUUUAUUUAUGCACACUUACAUUUCUGUAUGAAGAACGCUGCAGUUUAUCACCAGUCAGAAAUACUUUGUGAGAGUGGGUUUAGCUAGUUUUAAAGAGCCAACAGUCAGGUUAAAAAAUAGUCUAAUAGGUGAUUUUAACAUUCAUAGACUCUUCCAUGAAUACCACUAACUUUUGUGGAUUAAUGAAGCGAAUUUAUGUUUUUGUUAGUUUGAAUGUGCUUUUUACUACCUGUCUAAUUAGCAAUUAAACACAUUGUAAAUGUA